CGACCAUGUCGCGUGAUUCUGUUUUUAUUUUGGGCCAGUGAUCUUUGCCCCAAAAUAUCAAGCAAAUAGCGUUACCUUACAAACUCCAAUCAAAACAUCUAUCUGCGGUUCUUAUCUUUUGCUAAAUGAACGUCUGUCGACAUCUGACUUCAUUAUCAAUCACGUUUUAUUAUAUAAAUUUUAUUUAAUAUGCCCUGUUCAUUGGUAACAGCACUUCCUUAACACGCGCCUUUAUUUUUAAUAUCCCGACAAACAUCUAACGAUUCCUUUUCAACACGAAAAUUGCAUCUAAAUAAAAAAAUGUGAGUGAUAUAAAUAGCUAGAUUUGUGGAGCAUCGGGCGCCUGUGUUAUUAUAGCGAAGAAAUAUAGGAUAAGACGCGGAUCGUUGGCCGAAAUUAUCGCGAGUCGGCGCGCGCGCAUCGCCCGCGAGUCGCACGCGCAGCGUCGGCGGUGCGCCCGCGCUUAAAGCUCAAGUCAUUUGUUUGUACUCCGUCGCUAAAUAAUAUUUACAUCAUUUCUUCUAAGUGUGCCGAAACAAAUUGAUUAACAAACUGCUUAUAAAUAGUUUCUUAAAUUUGCCGUUACGUUAAUUUUAGCAAAUAUUUGUGAUUAAAAAUACGUCUUUACGGGUGGUGUUUGUUUUAAUUAUAUUGUUAGACUGAAGAUGCUCAAAUUGAAUUUCGCUGGGAAACAUUUCAGUGCAUUAAAUUAAUAAUAGUGAUAUGUAUGAGUGUGUGUCUGUGCGUAAUAUUGUGUUAAAUCGUACGUUAGCUAGGUCGUGCCAAAACUACUGAAGUGGGUGUGAAUAUUUGUAAAUGUUCUUUAAAUAAGUGUUUAUUUUAUAACGAAUUAUGGUCGCUAUGGUUGAAGUCGCUGAGAGGACGAACAAUGAAUAUUUCAGAUCGUUCUUACCUGCUGUCAACUCCCCACCAGUCCCUCACCGAGAUAUAUCGGCACCCACGGCGACGUACCGUCCUUACACAGAAGAGUAUGCCACUGUCCAGCGCCGCGUGGAGAGACCUGCCCCUCCAGAAGAAGCCGAAAGAAAGAAGGACAAGAAGUGGUCCAUCGGAAAGCUAUUCAGACGGAAGAAAAAAGAAGAUGAAAGUGGCUCUUCUUCAGAAAGUGACGAAGGAGUCAGCACACGCUCACCAUCUAAAAGAAAGUCAAAAAAGAAGAAGAAGACUCCAAUAGUCAAUAAUUUUGAUCACAUAGUCAUUAGGGAUUCGAGAAGAGCACAGAGUUUAGCCAAACCAAACCUUCGAGAUGUUACAGAUGAUGGUGUGCUGUCUGAUCCAUCCGCGGGGUUCAUAAACUAUCGUGCGAAAACUCAAGAACUGUACAGAGCCUCCAAAGAAUCUCUCAGCUUGAGAGAAGACAACUCCAACAGAUCGCUAGGACCAACUUUGGAGACAUCUACUAAGAAAACCAGGAAAGGAAGAUUGAAAGCUCGAGUCGAAGCUUUAAGGAAUAGUAUGCGAGGAGAGUCGAGCAGUGAAGAAGAAUCACUCAAGUCAUCAAAUUCAUCAUUGAUGAUCAGAUUCAGAAGUGAAGAUUCCUUGAUGCGUUCACGUGAUAGCUCGUUAAACAAAAGGUCUAGAAGCGCUAGAAACGAGAGAUACAUCAAACGGUUAUCUCGUGAUGAAGAAAAUCAAUUGAAUAAAGAAGCAGAGUUAUUACAACAAGGAUACACAAAGGCUGAGGUCGAAAUGUUGACAAGGACACCAACGAGCCAAAGUAGCGGCUAUGGAACUUGCAAACGUGACCAAACACAAAAGAUAAAAAACGAACAACUUUACACUAAUGAUGCUAAUCGCCGUCCUAUGAAAUCCGAAUCAAUAUCAUCAUUCCCAUCGACACAAAGUUACCCAUCAUCCAUUAAUUUUAACGCAAAAGUUAACAAUGAGCAUAUUAACUAUUCGAUUCCAACCAGUAACAUUAACAGAGAAACGCUUUAUGCUAAUAAUAACAGAGAGAGGAGUGUUAGCAGUCAAUACGAAAAUCCCGAAAACAUUAUGUACGUUAAGUUUCCCUUAGGGAACGUUACAAAUGUCAAAAGAGAAGAGAAAGCACCGCCGGUGCCUCCUCCCCGUGAUAUGCAUAGAAAAGUCACUACCCCUAUAUCCAUGUACUACGAAAAUAACCCGAUGGUAGCAGAUAGGAUGGCCAAUACGCAGCAAAAUGUUUUGCACGGCGUUCCUAAUAAUGACUUUGAAAGAGUCAUGAGACGAAGUCAGGAAAGAUCACUAAGUCACAGCUUCAAUGGAUUGCGACGACCUAUCUCAAACUCUGAGGACCAUAUCGCAAUGCAAAACAAUGAAUAUGUACAGACGUACCAAAUAAAAAAUGAACAACCGCGUAGGCCAGCCUCAGUUUCUGCGGAACCUAAUCAUUAUGGACUCUAUGCUAAUUCACCGCCAUGGAGAAAGUCAAUAGGUCCAACAAAUAUUGUAAAACCAGAACCAGUUCAAUUGAAACAUGAUUAUUUGUAUUACGCCGAUCAAAGCCCAAGGUCACGAAGACCAAUAAGCAUUAAAACUAGUCAGAACGGGCUUGAGAAUCAGUAUUUAAGUGACUCACAAGCUACACAAAACGUCGCAGAGAGUGUGUAUCGUCGUCCAAGAAAUGCGUCUGAGUUUUGGAAAAAGAUUGAUGAUGCCGAAAGACAGCGACGUCAGCAAAACAUAUACGCGAACUCGAGGAGUAGUAGUGACUUUUCAAACAGCGCUCAACUGCAUAGAGUUGCUCCGUAUUUAGAACAAAAUAAAGUAGGCCAAGAAAACACCGAUAUCCAAAAUAAAAACAAAACUGCUUUUAAAAGUUCGUCCGUCGACACAACCGACGGAGCUAAAGUUUGGAAGGCGACGACAGAGUACAAGCGAUCUGUCACCGUGGAACCACCAAAAACUGUUUCAUCACCGACAUCGAAAACGCACGUUAGGCAUAAAUCUGACACAUAUGUUCCUAGCAUAUAUCAAGUACCGUCUGAUGACGAAAAGAGUUCAGAGAGACGAAAAUCUACUAACCUUGACGACGCUCUCAAUGAACUAGAAGCCAUAUACAAUAGCUUAGGUUUAGGCGACGAAGAUCUAUUAGAUAGAGCUGAACGUCGAGAGUUAAUGACGCCUAAGUUUAACGACCAUUUUAACGAUUGGAAUGGAAACGAUGACGAGAUUCAACUGCGAAGUCAGCCAACGACGCCUUUGCGACGCGCACAGAGACGGUCGACGUUACCCGAUAAGUUACAAGAUGACAUGGCUUUUAGGAGGAUGAAUUCUUUGACAAAAGAUAAACCCAACUAUAAAGAUGCUCAAUCACAAAUAAGUUACAUGUUGGCGUCACCUGUGUAUGUGCCGUACGCGUCCGAUGAUGACAGGCAGUCCGAACGAAACGAGCCAGAUAUAGUGUAUGACGACGUCGUUUAUAGAAACAUAAAACAGACAAAUAGCCGACUGAAGACUCUGGAUCCUCAACCGCCAUUUGGCAUACCCAUAGGACCAGUAUCGCCGGCCCCUCAAAGUGAUUACCUUCAUGCUACACCUGAAAAUAAAGGUAGAUCGCGGUUUAUUCCAAGACGGUCACCAGACCUGGUCUCUGACGAUCUAGCAUAUAGAAGUCUAAGAAAAGAUAACAGGCAUUCCUCACACUUCAAUGGUGAAGAUUAUAGUGGCAUUAUCAAUAACAACGGUUACUCUGAGUAUCCGUAUACAAAAGACUCUGCCGCUAAUCUUAAAAAGAAAAGAGCUGUUAGAUCUCUAUCCGCUAACAUAUUUACUAUGAUUCAAAAAGAGAUCGACGAUGCCUUAAACACGAGUAAAAUGUCUUCAUUACAAAAGACACACAGCAACAGUGAUGUUAUGAAACGUCUUCGCAAUACAUUCGAAAGUAACGACAACGAGCAAGACCACUAUCCUCGUAACAAGGUAAAGCAAAGACACAACACUGUCAGUCUAUUUGUCAAUAACACACAUGCACCCACCCAUCAUUUCGCAAAAGAUGAUUCAUUCAUUCAUAGUGAUGAUAAGCACCUUGCUAAGCCACCAUCAUGUGAUAAGUCCAAAAGCUCAUCACCAUCAAACAGAUCGCCACAAGCAUCUAAACGUUCAUCGAAAGAUGAGUUUCAGCAGGUUCUUAGCAUGCUGGCCCAGGAAGCUAUGGACACAAGUAAUAAGUUAGGAGUAGCUCUAGCAGAAUUGGACAAAAAUAGAAACAAUAAUGAAAAGAAAUCUGACAUUCAAAGCAGAAUCACUGAUAGUCGACAAUCAUUCUUAAAUGGUUUAACUUGUAAAUCUUUCGAUGACCCAGUCCCUCAAGUCAAGCUUGUAAAUGUUCGCUCUGAAGUUGUUAAUGAUCAGAAAGAAAGCCAACCUGUUAACAAUAAUGACGUCAAUGAAGACUCUAAAGGCAAAAAGACAGAAGAUAGUCUUAUGGCUAUAUCUAAUCAGUUGCACAAAGUAGAAGAUCAGCUAAAGCAUAGUUUCGAAAAAGAAGUUAAUUUUGAUGAUGAGAGUGUUAAACUCUCAAACUAUAUUGCAAAAGCUGAAGAACAGUUAAAAGCUCAAGAAACUACGGUUGUGAUACCAGAUAGUACGUUGAUACCUGAUGUCGUUCCCCUGACAGUCAAAGACGAUUCUGUUAAAAUAGAAACAGUCAAUGAAAAGGAAACACUUCCAGAACCAAAAUUACCAGUCAUCAAUUCAUUAAAUCCUUUCCUAAAUUCUGAUGAUAAAAUAAAGGAAAUUAAUGAAAUUAACGCUUUCCAAGAAUUAAAAGAUGGAAUAUCUGACCUAAUAGCUGGAAUUUGUCAAGUUAACGAAAAACUUUUCACACAAAAAGGACCUAAAUAUGAGGAUUGUAAUAAUACUAAUCCUGAGAAAACUACUGGUAUGGCUGAAGCUACUGAAAAACUGAAUCAGGCAUCACAAAAUAUUAGUAACCAAUCCGUUCCUCAUAGAGCAUCAAUUAACCUGUCGAUAUACGAAGACGACUUAGAUGCAAAGAAGGAUGCAGCCGAUUCAACAGAAUAUAACUCUUCUGAAGAAUUAGCAACUAUAUUUAAAUUAGAGAGUAGUGCUAAAAGAGUCGCCAAUGAAAAUGAAAAUGAAGAAGACGCUGAGAAUAAAGUACGCGAUGAAUUAAGUUCACCUAAGUUGGUUCAAACAGUGAACCAACAUCUAAGAAGGUUGUCUGUAGACCAAACCGAUGAAACUCCUAGUCAAAGCAACUCACUGCCAACGAACGUAGUCCCAUGGAGAACUAAAAGGCAAACUCACAAUACUCAAAAAGAUAGCGGAGGCGAUUGCGCGCAGUCGAAGCGCGAUUGGCACGACUCUGGCACGUUGAUGUUAGCUUGUACCUACACACUGAUGUUCUCGCAACACCUGGCUGAUUUGGACUGGUUGACGCUGCUCGGUUUACUGCUGGCAAUGAUCACAAUUAUCGCUAUGCUAAUAAUAUAAUGUAGACGUUAUAAUGUAACUUUAUUCCUAAAUGGAGAUCGACUGAAAAGCUCUAUGAGGAAUUCUGUUGAAAUGAAAAAACCUAGAUACUAUUAUAAUUGCAUUAAUUAAAUGUAUGAUUUUUUCUCAAGCCAUACAAACCAGUCCAUCUCUAUAAAAAGCAUUUAAUGGCCUUAAAUAAAGCACUUGUCACAUAUUUUUAGAACAUUGAUAAAAAUUGUAUUAAGUUUAUCAAUAAAUAACCAUUUAUUUUUAGAAGUUUUAGCUGUGAUGUUCAUUUUAUCUUACUUAAUGGUUUUUAAAUCUAUGUUUUGUAUUUUUAAUUUUACUUUUUAUUAUUUUAGCCAAAAUCAACGAUCAAUUUAAACAUUGUGUUUUCACUUACAAUGGUCUUGUAUUAAUUGCAUGAAUUUGUGUGUUUUAUGAUUUUGCAUGUUAGGAAUUGUAUUUAUAAUAAUAUCGUCUUGCUUGUAGAACGAUAGGUACAUUUGUAAGAAAAUAUUUAGAAUACUACUACCAAUUAGCAGACAGGUAUACUUACUUAAUUCCGUAGAAUCCUACAUUAUUUUAUCCUAGGAUAUUAUUUAAUGAUAUUAAAACAGCAUAAAAAGAACUAAUUUCACUUAAAUAAGCUACAUAAAAAAAGUAUUCAAUUUGAUUACCAUAGUAAAACGAAUAGUUGUGUAAAUAUUGUAAGGAAAUUGGCGCGAAUCAGUGACUAAUCAACUUGUCCAUGAUCCGUGUAUAAUCUGUAAUUUGUUUUCUAGGUGAAAAUUGAUUGCCUGGAGUGAUCACCUUGCUGACUGCGUUCAAUAUUGUACCUACGUACUUCGAAGAUAAUUUUAAGCUAUUAUUAAUUUUAUCUAAGCUACUUUCUGUAUUUUAUUCUAUACCUAGUUGUAUAACAUUUAAACUUUACUAUGUUUAUGUAGAGGCUUCCAGAUACAUAUAAAGAGAGCGUUAUUUAUAUGAAGAAAAGUUAUAAUUUAAAUAAAAUGUUUCAGUUUUA